UAUGGAUUGGUUAGAUUGCACAAGUGGAUGUGAUAGUAUUGGUAAUCCAUCAUAUUGCCAUAAAAAUUGUUAGAAGUAAUUAAAACCUAAUAUUUAGUGUGGUUCAUGGAUGUUUAGAUGAAUGUCCAAAAAUAAUUUGUAUUGAUGAAUGUCGAAUCAUAUUAGAACAGUGUCGUAAAAACGGAACAGGGAUUUGUGAAGUUCAUUUUAAUUAGUGCAAAUUGAUCUGUGAGGAUACUUAUAAUGAAAAUUAAGAUAUAUGAA